AAGCAUAUGUAAUCAAUUCCAAUGCUUGCUUUUUUUCUGUAAUGACAGGCUAGGGAUUACGCAGUUUCAAUGCCAUAUAGAAUCCAGAAAGUGGAAGAGUUCGUGAAGCAACUUGAGUCGGGAGAUUUGAAACUUAGAGUCAGGGUGCUUGAGUCUGAAAGAGCUGCACGGAAGGCCACUAUACUUCAGAUGGCCACUAUUUACACGGCUUUGGGUGGAACUCUAUUCAAUGUUGGGGUCAACUUAAGUAGCCAAGGAAAUCAGACUAUAGCUAAUGGAGCUUUCAUUGGUGCUGGUGUUUUUUCCUUGCUGUUGACAAAAUCAUUGCAUAGAGUUAAGAAGCUUGAUAAAUUGGAGAAGAUGCUGUGAAGUUUCACUUCACCGUGGGGUGUCUUCUGGGUCUGGGUUCAUGUUCUCAUGAAGCAAGGAAUCAUAUUGACUCAAGCUGGUAAGUUUUUUCUACUGCAUUGAAUUAGGCAUGCUUUGCUCACCAUUAUUUAGAUCGUUCUAUUUAUAAAUUUAAUGUAUUAUGUUUAGUGCAAUCUUACU